AUGGCAACAUGUAAACCACUUCUUCGGGUCUGCCCAUCGACCGUCCAACCCGCAUUCCUCCUGCCACGGACCCAACAACGCUUCGAAUCCACAACCCGGCGACACAGAAAACUACUCGCGCUCCCCGCCGCACCAUCCUACACACCAGACAGCUCGUCCCCGACGCUGAUAUUCAACCCGCCAUCCUCAGCCCCCAGCGUGCACCACACGCCGGUGAAAUUCCUACCCCAAACCGACAAGCGGCGCGCUCUCUACGCCAGCACCCACCAACAACUCGCCCGCACCGCCCUCUCGACCCGCACCUCGCCCACGACCUCGCCAGGCACCCCGCUCUCCGCCCCGAGCCACCUGCCCCCCAAGCCCUCGUCCGCCCUGCCGCCUGCAGUGCGGCAACCAUAUGACAAACAAUACCACGUCACCGAAGAGCAAGUAGCGGAAAUGCGCCAAUUGCGCGCCCAAGACCCGGAUACGUGGACGCGCGUUAAGCUGGCUCAGAGGUUUGCAUGCAGCCAGUUUUUCGUCGGCCUGGUGGCUAGGAAUCCGGACAAGGCGGAGAGGGUGGCGCUGGAGCAUCAGAGGGCGAGGGAGAAGUGGGGGGCUAGGAGGAGGGAGGCUAGAGAGGAUAGGGUGAGGCGGAAGAGUGCGUGGGCGAGGGAUGAGUAA